CGCUCGGCUGCGGGCCGCCCCCUCCCCUCUCCCCACCCCGGGCGGGGGCGCGCGAGCAGCGGUGACGUCAAGGGGCGCGCGGUGGCAGCACCUCCCCGCGCGCUAGUUAAAAAGAAGAAGAAAAGAGGGAGCGAAACAUGAGAGGCUGUGUGAGAAGCUGCAGCCGCCGGCAGAGGAGACCUCAGCAUCCUCUACAGCCCAGCGCCGGCCCUGCCUUCUUUGCCUGCCCCGCCGUUGCCGCCUCUGCCUGUGCGCCUGCUACCGUCUCACCUGAACAACUCCCGUUACACGGACCAGUGAACCGUCUGCUCUUCUUCCAACUCCUCCUCCUCCUCCCACUUCCCAGCCGCAUCAGAGAACCCUUACCCCAACUGACAGUGGCACCACUGCUAGCGGUGUCAUCCGCACAACUUUGUCUAGCUCCUGGGGCUCCUCGCGCCGUCUGUGGUUUUCUUGCAAAGUUCCAUCGGUCUAGCUAUCUGCGUCCCCGCAGCCUCCCUCUGCCGAGCGCGUGUCUGGCUUCCCCGCAGCCUCCUCGCGGAGCUGCGCCCGAGUGUCCCUACCGGGCAGUGGCAUUCACCCCGCGCCCAGCCGUCCGCGCCCAGUCCCUGUCGCGCGCGGCAGGCGAUGCUGAAGAUGCUCUCCUUUAAGCUGCUGCUGCUGGCCGUGGCUCUGGGCUUCUUUGAAGGCGAUGCUAAGUUUGGGGAAAGAAGCGAGGGGAGUGGAGUGAGGAGGAGAAGGUGCCUGAAUGGCAGCCCCCCGAAGCGCCUGAAAAGGAGGGACAGGCGCAUGAUGUCCCAGCUGGAGCUACUGAACGGGGCGGAGAUGAUGUGCGGAGGCUUCUACCCGCGGCUGUCCUGCUGCCUGCGGAGUGACAGUCCUGGGCUGGGCCGCCUAGAGAACCAGAUAUUUUCUGUGACCAACAACACAGAAUGUGGGAAGCUGCUGGACGAGAUCAAGUGUGCACUUUGCUCUCCACAUGCUCAGAGCCUGUUCCACUCACCUGAGCGAGAAGUCUUGGAAAGAGACCUUGUCCUUCCCCUGCUCUGCAAAGACUAUUGCAAAGAGUUCUUUUACACUUGCCGAGGCCAUCUUCCAGGUUUCCUUCAAACAACUGCUGAUGAGUUUUGCUAUUACUAUGCAAGAAAAGAUGGCGGGUUGUGCUUUCCAGAUUUUCCAAGAAAACAAAUCAGAGGACCGGCAUCUAACUACUUGGACCAAAUGGAAGAAUAUGACAAAGUGGAAGAGAUUAGCAGAAAGCACAAACACAACUGCUUCUGCAUUCAGGAGGUUGUGAGUGGGCUGCGACAGCCUGUGGGUGCCUUGCACAGCGGGGAUGGCUCACAUCGCCUCUUCAUUCUGGAAAGAGAAGGAUACGUGAAGAUACUGACCCCCGAAGGAGACAUUUUCAAGGAGCCUUAUUUGGACAUUCACAAACUUGUUCAAAGUGGAAUAAAGGGAGGAGAUGAAAGAGGACUGCUAAGCCUCGCAUUCCAUCCCAAUUACAAGAAAAAUGGAAAGCUGUAUGUGUCUUAUACCACCAACCAAGAACGAUGGGCUAUUGGGCCUCACGACCACAUUCUUAGAGUUGUGGAAUACACAGUAUCCAGAAAAAAUCCCCAUCAAGUUGACUUAAGAACAGCCCGAGUAUUUCUGGAAGUUGCGGAACUCCACAGAAAGCAUCUGGGAGGACAACUGCUCUUUGGCCCUGAUGGAUUUCUGUACAUCAUCCUGGGUGAUGGAAUGAUCACAUUGGAUGACAUGGAAGAAAUGGAUGGACUAAGUGAUUUCACAGGCUCGGUGCUGAGGCUGGACGUGGACACAGACAUGUGCAACGUGCCUUACGCCAUACCAAGGAGUAACCCGCACUUCAACAGUACCAACCAGCCCCCUGAGGUCUUUGCCCAUGGGCUGCAUGACCCAGGCAGAUGUGCCGUGGAUCGACAUCACACUGACAUCAACAUCAACUUAACCAUCCUCUGUACAGACUCCAACGGCAAAAACAGAUCUUCAGCCAGAAUCCUACAGAUAAUCAAGGGGAAAGAUUAUGAAAGUGAGCCAUCCCUUCUAGAAUUCAAGCCAUUCAGUAAUGGUCCUUUGGUUGGGGGAUUUGUGUACAGAGGCUGCCAGUCCGAAAGACUAUAUGGAAGCUAUGUGUUUGGAGACCGUAAUGGGAAUUUCUUAACUCUCCAGCAAAGUCCCGUGACCAAGCAAUGGCAAGAGAAACCGCUCUGUGUUGGGACUGGUGGUUCCUGUAGGGGCUACUUUUCAGGUCACAUCCUUGGAUUCGGAGAAGAUGAGCUAGGAGAAGUCUAUAUUUUAUCAAGCAGUAAAAGCAUGACCCAGACUCACAAUGGAAAACUCUACAAGAUUGUAGACCCCAAAAGGCCUUUGAUGCCCGAGGAAUGCAGAGCCACAGUGCUACCUGCGCAGCCACUCGCUUCGGAGUGCUCCCGGUUCUGUCGGAAUGGCUACUGUACUCCCACGGGCAGGUGCUGUUGCAGCCCAGGCUGGGAAGGGGAUUUCUGCAGAACCGCAAAAUGCGAGCCACCGUGUCGUCAUGGAGGCGUCUGUGUUAGACCCAACAAGUGCCUCUGUAAAAAAGGCUAUCUUGGUCCUCAGUGUGAGCAAGUGGACAGAAACAUCCGCAGAGUGACCAGGGCAGGUAUUCUUGAUCAGAUCAUUGACAUGACAUCUUAUUUGCUGGAUCUAACAAGUUACAUUGUAUAGUUUCUGGGACUGUGUGAAUACUCCUUUCCACUGGGCAUUUAUUUUUAUCCUGUCAUUAAAAA